AUGAUGAUUAGAUUAUUAUUAAUAAUUCUAACCAUUGCACAAAUUAAUGGAGAUAAGACAAACAAAGAUUCAACUAUAGAAAAUACUCGACCAAUUAUUGGAAUUUUAACUCAACCAACUCCAACAUCAUGGAUGAAACCAAAUCGUACUACUUAUAUAGCAGCUUCUUAUGUUAAAUAUAUCGAAGCAACUGGUGCUCAAGUUGUACCUAUUCGAAUGUAUCAAUCAAUAGAUUAUUAUUUACAUUUGUUUAAUUCGCUAAAUGGAGUACUUUUUCCUGGCGGAGAUUUUACUGAUGAAUAUUUUUUUGUUGCUAAACUUUUUUAUGUGUGGUCAUUAAAAGAUUUUGAUGAAAUACAAAAAAGUUUUCCUUUAUGGGGAACAUGUCUAGGUUUUGAAGUACUGCUUAUGUUAACAAGAUAUUCAACUGGUAUUUUGGAACCUUGUCAAGGAUAUGAUUAUGCAACAGAACUCUCUUUUAUGCCAAAUGCAAAUGAUAGUCGAUUAUUGGGAAGAUCAUUACCCUUAAGCAUAAAAUAUGCUUUAGAAAAUGAGCCAACAACGGCAAAUUUCCAUAAUUUUUGUAUGCGACCAGAAAACUUCUCGGCUGAUCCUAUAUUAUCAAUGUUUUAUAAUAUGUUAACUAUAAGCCCAGAUUUGGAAGGUCGAACAUUUGUUUCAACUAUUGAAAGUCUUCGUUAUCCAAUUUUUGGUGUUCAAUGGCAUCCAGAAAAGAAUGCAUUUGAAUGGCGAGUAAAUACAACAAUACCUCAUACAAAAAAUUCCGUUGAAGUAAUGCAAUAUAUGGCAAAUUUUUUAACUAAUCAAACACGUCAAAAUAUGAAUCAUUUCAAUUCAUUAGGAGAUGAAUUAAAAUAUCUUAUAUAUCAAUAUACACCUGAAUUUACUGAUUUAGAUACAUCACAUUUUCAACAAAUUUAUUAUUUUUAUGAAUGA